CCUCCAUUAAUCAGAACUAUAGCUUCCUAAUUAAUCAUGAAUUCCCUCAUAAAAUCAUCAAUAUUAAUAACAAUUUGCAUGUAUUUUUUUCUUCAUGCAUUCUCCCAUCAGCAUGUAGAUAAUCUUCAAUCUUGCUUGUUAAAUCACAAUGUGAAAAACUUCUCUUUAUAUCCAUCUUCUGAAAAUGACCCAACCACUACUAUCUACUUCAAUUUCCUCGAUUUCUCGAUCCAAAAUCUCCGUUUUUCGGACCAAACUACCCCUAAGCCGAUAGCCAUCAUUAUCCCCGAGAGCAAAGACGAGCUAAUACAAAGUGUCUUGUGUUGCAAGAAUGAAUCAUGGGAGAUUAAAGUGAGGAGUGGGGGCCAUAGCUAUGAGGGCUCUUCGUAUAUAACGAGCAAUGGUUCAAAAUUCGUUCUUAUUGAUAUGAUGAACCUCGAUAGAGUCUCGGUUGACUUAGAGUCGAAUACGGCUUGGGUUGAAGGUGGUGCAACCCUAGGUCAAACUUACUACUCGAUUUCUCAGGCGAGCGGAGGGCUCGGAUUUUCUGCAGGUUCUUGCCCUACGGUUGGGAUUGGAGGGCAUAUCUCCGGUGGUGGAUUUGGUUUACUUUCAAGAAAAUACGGUGUUGCCGCGGAUAAUGUGGUGGAUGCACUUCUCAUUGAUGCAGAUGGGAGGUUGUUGGAUAGGGUGGCUAUGGGGGAAGAGGUCUUUUGGGCUAUUCGUGGGGGCGGAGGAGGUGUUUGGGGGGUCGUUUACGCGUGGAAAAUCGAACUUCUAGAAGUGCCUCAAAUAGUUACGGGGUUUGUUGUUUCGAGGCCGGGAUCCAAACGGGCGGUGGUGGAUUUAGUCGAGAAAUGGCAAGAAGUUGCUCCGAAUCUCGAAGAGGGAUUUUACUUGUCAUGUUUCGUCGGGGCCCAUUUGCCCGAAAUGGAGAGUUUAGGGAUUUCGGCCACGUUUAAGGGGUUCUACUUAGGUCCGAAAGUUGAAGCUGUCUCGAUCAUGAAUGAGGUUUUUCAAGAAUUGGGUGUUGUGGAAGGGGAUUGUAAGGAGAUGAGUUGGAUUGAGUCCAUUGUUUACUUUUCGGGAUUGAGAAACGGGAGUAGUGUUUCGAGUUUGAAGGAUAGGUACUUGGAGGAGAAGAACUAUUUCAAGGCGAAGUCGGAUUACGUGAGGGAUUUAAUCCCGAGAAGCGGGAUAGCUUACGCUAUCGAAAUACUCGAGAAGGAGCCGAAAGGGUACGUGAUUCUCGAUCCUUACGGUGGGAUUAUGGAGAGGAUAAGUAGUGAAUCAAUAGCAUUUCCUCAUAGAAAAGGGAAUCUUUUCACAAUCCAAUAUUUGGUUGAGUGGAAAGAAGAGGAUAAUGGGAGGAGGGAGGAUUAUAUUGAUUGGAUAAGGGGAUUUUACGAUGCGAUGGCGCCUUAUGUGUCGUUCAAACCGAGGGCGGCGUAUGUGAACUACGUGGACUUUGAUCUUGGAGUUGUGGAUUUUCUGAAUAGGAGUGGAUAUGGUGGUGAUGACGUGGAGGUGGCUAGGGUUUGGGGUGAGAAGUAUUUCUUGAAAAACUAUGAUAGAUUAGUGAGGGCUAAGACAGUAAUUGAUCCAUUUAAUGUGUUUAGAAAUCAACAAGGGAUUCCUCCUUUGGAUGUUGUUAAGUAUGGGAAAGCAGAAAUAUGAAAGCUUGAUUGAGUUUUGAAAUCAUACAAUGUAUUGAAUGAUAUACAAU